UCUAAUCUGUGGUUGUUGACGUCCGUGGACUUUGUCUCGAAGGUUUAUCUGUCAAUGGUUAUCAAAAUUUUUAUCAAAAACACCUCAAAAUAUGAAUGAUAACAUGUGCUUCGCGGCCGAAACGAUUCCCUCUCGUGUAAAAUAGGCCCUGAGGAGACUAUCGGUGGCCUUAACAAAGUGGCAGCAUUGGUUCGUGAAGCAAUAAAUUGCAAUUUAAAAAGUGCCUCCGGCGUAGUCGUAGGUUUUUUUGCAAGCAUCGAGCAUGGUGUCCUGUUGAUUUUAGCCCUCCUGAAUAUCAUUCCAGUAAUAAGGUAACAAAAGUGAAUAAAAAUGGCAAGAUAUUACGAAAAUACUGCAACAUUUAACUUCAGUUGGGACCAAGUGGCCUGUGGGUAUUGGAAGAGGUACCCCAACCCUCAGAGCACCCAUGUAUUAUCUGAGGACACAUGGAGCAGACAAGUGAAAGAUGGCUGCCUAUACACGAAGCGGCUCCUUACCAAGACCAACAGGGUCCCUAAGUGGGGUGAGAGAUUCUUCAAUGCUAAGUCUGUCAAGAUCAUUGAGGAGAGUGUUGUGGAUCCAAAGCAGAAGGUUCUGGUGACAUACACCAGGAAUUUGGGAUACACUAAAGUUAUGAGCGUGGUGGAGCGCGUAGAAUACCGCUCGGCAGGCCCGGGCCAGACGGUGGCGCGGCGCUCGGCCUGGAUCGACUCGCAGGUGUUCGGAUUCUCGCGAGCUAUCCGAGCAUUCGGCGUCGAAAGGUUCAGGAAGAACUGCAACCAGAUGGUGAACGGUUUCAACCACGUCCUAAACAGCAUGUUCCCGCGUCCAGCUUCCCAGCACAGCUUGGCGCCCGUCAGUCACACUCUCAAGGAAAUGCGCGACGCCGCCGCCGCCGCCACCGACCGAGCUAAGGCCAACGUGCUGUCGUCCGUCAACAGGACAUAACACGAAGACAAGCGGACCAAAGUGUAGUGUACAGUGCAGUGCGUUUAGUGAUUAUACACGAGGAGUUAUUAUCGUGGGAUGCAUCAACAAUGGGCGUGCCCAACUUCUAAGCUAAGGGAAUAGUAUGGACAAGGGAAAGUAGGCUGGACGAGGGGAGGGGGGGCAGU